UUUAUAUUGAAAGACACAAUAUAAUGUUUCACUCCAUACAAGACUGUUGCGCUGCCUUUCAAAACACUUGGGGACUUGUUGGUUCAAUUGAAGUUAUGAUCAUGGUAUACAACAUGGAUUACAAGGAUAAACUCAUGUGUUUUUCACCUGAAAUCUAAAGUAUAGUAGAUCAACAGCAUUUCAUCAUCUUGAUUGUCAGGGACGAAUUUGAAAUUGAUUUCACUGAGUUUCCAGUCCCAUCCUCGAACCAAAAGUAGAAAAUAUGAACGUUUAUAUACAUUGCUGAAACAAAGAUGGAAUGAAAUGAACACCCGGUCAUAGUUAAUGAAAACCUGGCGUACUGGAUAACAAACUGACACUUAGGGGUUUAUUGACAUAUAUUGAAAGUCGAGAAGUCGGAUACAAACAAUAUAUAAGUAUGUCGUCACCGAUGAGGCCACAGAGCGUGAAGAAGUCGUCGGUCAGAAGGGGCUCGAUCAAGCACUUGCAAAUGGCGAGCCUCACAAUUGGAGCGACGGUUGGAGCAUUUCAGCAAGUGCAUGUCGACAAGAAAAGUGCAAAGGAUGAUACUAGAAGAAGGAGCUCAGUCAAAGAUGGGAGUAUUGUUACAGAGAGUAAAAAGUCGUAUGGCAAUGAUACGGAAACAUCCGAACGUGAAAAACGUAAAAUGUCGAAACAGCUGAAAAAGCAAGCCAACAGACACAGGGCUUUUAGGGGUGCGUGUCUAAAGCUUCGCUUUAUAACCAAUCUCGCCAGAGUUCCAAAGGAAAUAGAGGAGAAAGCCUUAUUUAGUAAGUUUCGUGUGGCAGCUCGGACUGUUAUCCACUGUAGACGUAUGAUAGAAGCAUACUCAUUGAAGAACAAGGAGGAUGACGAAGUGACUCCUUUUAUACGGGAGAUGCAGUUUUAUGAUACGGACAUUGCCGAGGGAGAAGGUAAUAACCUCAUGUUUGACCCACGAAAGUUCAAGGCCAAUAGAUCCGUGAGGAUACCAGAAGAAACCAAGCGAGUGCUGAUUAAGCCGCCACACGUGAGGACUGCAAAAGAAAUCCACUAUACAAUGCUCUCAAUGAGAAAUCUAAGGGCAUUUGGUGAUUACCCUGUCCAUAUGCAGAGACGUAUCAUAGAAACUGGAACAUACGAAAAAUAUGAAUCUAAGCGUCUGAUAGUACGACAGGGGCAUAGGCCAGCCUUCUUCUACUUCGUCCUCAGUGGUUCUGUGGUGGUCAUGAUCAUGAAUCGCCAGAACAAAACUGCACGCCCCGUGGCUUACUUACAUAAGGGAGACGCUUUUGGAGAACUUGCCAUUCUAAACAACACCACAAGAUUUUCUACUGUGAUAUCUAAAGAAUCUAUAGAAUUGUUCAGCAUCUCCAUGGAAGACUUUCAAGAGAUCUUCAUGGCUGGAGGAGUGACGAAUCUCUCAGACCCGUGUCAUGAAGACUAUAUAGGAAAUCUCGAAUUUUUGAAAGGUUGGCCUCUUGAGAAAUUGGCUGAUCAAUCUGGAGAGAAAAAGAAGGUGAUAUUUGGAUUCUUCAGAAAUGGCGACAUCUUGGUGAAAGACAGCACCCACUCUGAUUGGAUAAUCCUCGUCAAGUCCGGCAGCAUUGACGUCUUGAAGAAGUUAAAAAGAGUGGAGCCAUAUGAAUGGAAAAAGCAAUUGGUCGGUGGACAUCCAAGAACCCCUACACCAGUGCAUGAACUGAAGGAAAAGAAGCAAAGGGAUCUACGGGACACACAACGCCGACAAAUUCUUCCAGAAAUAUCAAUCCCGCUGAAAAAAAUUGAGCGGAUCAAGAACCCGGAUGACAGCAUUGACGCCGUUGAUGCAGUGGAGUUGGCGAAUACUAUUACAACCGAAAGCAAUAAAAAUGAAAAUAGCGAGCCUGAUAGGAAAAUUAGAAAAAUUUCAAAAGCCUCUGGUUCACAUGUAGAUACAAAGAAUACUAAAAAUAAAAAGCGUGCCAACGCGGAAAAAGACAGUGAUAAAACAGAUCCAGAUGAGGAGGAACGUCAGCGCAAGAGGCAAGAAGAACAAUUUGAAAUGGGUGGCGCCCAGCAGGAGGUGAAAACACUUGCAAGUCAACUGGAUGACAGCAGAUUUGGGAAGGAGCACGAACUGACCGAAGCAGACUUGGACCCAGAGUUCGUACAGAUACAAACAAUAAGCAAAGGAGAGACAUUUGGACUGCCCCAAUUAAUAUUUCCUAGCCAACCAAGCCUUUGUGUAGUGAGUAACGGGGCAGAGUGUAUCCUCAUCAGCAAGCAGCUCUAUAUGGCAAGUGCAUCUGCAGAGCUGCGUACGAGACUCAGGAAAUCGGUAUGUCCGUAUCCCACCGACGACGAGUUGCAAGAAAGCCUCCAGGUUAAAGUGGACUGGGGAGCCUACAAAAGCAAAACACUGACAGACGCUUUAAAAUUUUUAGAUAUCAAUAAAAAUAAAAGUUUGAAUGCCAGGUUUUAAUGAGAUGAUGAAUACAAAUGAAACAGAAUUCGAUUCAGAAAAAUGCCACAUUUCUGCUUUGAUCAUUUGCUGUAUCCGAUGGACUGGAACAUUAAGCAAGGUUUUCCAAAUCGAAUAACCAAUAACCAGUUUGUGCCAAAAUGCCUACUCUCAUAGAACAAAUAAAUCAUAGUUAUCAUUUUUAUUUACUGAUUAUUUCAUGUUGAAACUAGCUGAAUAAUCCAGUAAAAUGUUAUAUCAGUACAUUGCUGUUACGUUUCCAUAUAGCUUUGAAAUCUCGUUAAAGUCAAUGAAAUAUACUUUUAACGGGGUAAAAUUUACCUUUAAC